AUGAGCGGGCUGAGCAUCGAGACCAAGAAUGCACAGCCCGCAAGCGAGGUACGCACACUGCCCGCCAAACCGCCCAAGCGCCCGCUGCUGGGCGGCCUGUACUUUACCGAUCUGCUCGUGUUCCUCAUAUCGCUCGCUGCGAAUAUCCUGCGUACGUGCGCCGUGGCAGAGAUUUUGGACAUGGUAUGGUUCGGAAUUGUGUACAUCGUCUUUCGUUUUCGGCAUCAGCUGCAGGCACGCUGGAAGCUGAGCAAGCGCCAGAUGCGCGCGGGGGGGAGCGCGCCGUGCUUCUUCUCGGUGUUUGUGCUGUGCGGCACACGCUUCGUCUUGUCACGAUUUCCGUACAUGCUGCCGCGCAUCGCGCUAUCGCAAGAGACCGCCGGGCCGCUCGUCCAGUGGCGCACCGGCGGGGGGGUCGCACACCUCGUGCGCCCGUACGACUGGGCGGACCACGAGCCUUCGAGCCAGGCGCCCCUCCCUUCGCCAAGCAUCCAGCGCGGAUUCCGGGCGUAUUGGAUCCGCGGCGAGCGCUGGUCGACGCCCCCGACGCAUCCCCCCAAGGAGGGCCAGCGUCGCGCCGUGCUGCUCUUUGUGCACGGCGGCGGCUUUGCCCUCGGCUCUGUCGCGCUUUACACCGAGCCGAUCCUGCGUGUCCUGGGCCAUGUACAGAAGGCGAGCAGCGGCCGCGUGCACGCGGACUGCGUCGCGGUCGAGUACGACCUGGCGCCCGGCGUGCGCUUCCCGACGCCGCUACUGCAGUGCCUGCGCUGCUACGCGCACCUCGUCGAGGUCGAGCACAUCCCGCCCGAGCAGAUUAUUCUGUGUGGCGACAGCGCCGGGGGCGGGCUUGUGAUGUCGAUGCUGCUCUGCCUUGCGAAACAGGCGCAGGAUCCCCUGCUCGGCGAGCGCGACUGGAGUCGGCUGCCGGUGCCUGCGCGGGCGAUGCUCAUUAGCCCAGUGGUGGAUAUACGGCCGCAGCAGGCGUUUGCCUUUACGUCGCUCCGGCAGCAGGCCGCGGCGCCGGACCCUGCGGUGCGCCGCGCACUCGAGCGCCGUGCCACGUCGGACGCGGCGCCUGGCGCGCUCGAUUUUCUCGCACCCGAGGCGCUGAUGCACUACGCGCAGCUCUAUGCCGGCGUCCUGCGCCGCCCGCGGCGUGCGCGCGGCCCCGCGAGCUGGCUGUGUGCCUACCUCGAGGAGCAGCAAAUCACGCCCGGGAUGAUGAAGCCUGUGUCGACUGCCGCACACUAUCUACACCACUUUCUCACGCAUCCCCUCCUGCACAGUGCGCCACGGCCGGCGCGGUCCGACGCCGUGCCAAAGUAUACGAGCACGCGCUCGGCGGUCGUGCCGCCCGACGAGUCGUGCAGCGACGCGAUCGCCCGGCCGCAUGCGCUGUACCGGACGUCGGCGCUGCUCGGCGUGCACACAUCGCCGCAGGCGGUGCUUGCAACACACACCCUUCUGAACCCUGGGCUUGGGGACUGGAGUGCGAUCCACCUGCCCCGCGGCAUCUUUGUGACAUGGGGCCGCAACGAGGUGCUCGCCCACGACAUUGAGGCGUGGGUAGCACGCGUCCGUCUUGUGUGGGCGUCGCAGGAACGCGACACGGCGCUCCUCGAGACGGUUCCUGAAGUGGGUCAUGGUGGCGUGCACAUCUGGCCGUUUGUGUGGAUGUACCUUGCUGCGCGGCAGAGCGAGCGGGAGCGUGGCCUGCGCACGCUCGCGCAUGCGGUGCUCGGUCUGUACCCCGACGAGCUGUGUAUGUCGCCGUCGGAGAGCGAGUACGACUUCUCGUCGCCCGCGUCGAUGCCGAGCGACUACGAGGAGGAGCACAGUGCCGACUUUGCCGCGCAGGUAGCCUGGGAGCAAGAGCUGAUGCGCAUGGGCCUGCGCCCGCCAUAA